AUGUCCACCAAUACUUUUCAGUCCUUUUCCAGUUCGAACAAAUAUACUGUCGCCCUUUGUGUUUUAAAUCAGUGGGCGCUUGACUUUACUGGGAAUACUCAACGUAUUAUCAAAAGUAUUCAAAUUGCCAAACGUUUGCAAGCUAAAUAUCGAGUUGGUCCAGAACUAGAGAUUUCAAGUUAUGGAUGUGAAGAUCACUUCCACGAACCGGAUACAUAUACCCACUCAUGGCAGUCUAUUGCAAAGAUUUUAGAAGAAAUGAAAGCAAACCCUGAAAUGCAAGAUAUUGUUUGCGAUAUUGGGAUGCCGGUUUUACAUGAAGGUGUAGCUUAUAACUGCAGAAUUCUCCUACUGAAUGCAAAGAUUUUGCUGAUAAGACCAAAACAAGUACUUGCUGAUGAAGGCUUACAUAGAGAGACUCGCUGGUUUACUUCAUGGCCUCAUUAUCAAUCCAUUGUUCACUUUGAGUUACCCGAUUUUGUAUGUAGAGUAACUCAGGAUUUACAGUCGUCUACAUUUUUUGGUGAUGCAAUCUUACGGUUUGCUGGAGACGGCUGUUCAGAGAAUGUCCAGGUUGGCUUAGAAACUUGUGAAGAACUGUGGAUAGGAACUCCACCUCAUAUUCGCAUGUUUGCAGCUGGUGUAGAUGCAGUCUUUAAUGCCAGUGCUAGUCAUCAUGAACUUCGAAAACUAAAUCGAAGAGUAGAACUCGUUAAGUGUGCAAGCAGAACAAAUGGCGGAGGACUUUAUGCUUAUACAAAUCUUAGAGGAUGUGACUCAGGAAGGGUAUGUUAUGAUGGCUGCGCGUUAGCUGCUGUUAACGGUCAGCUUAUUUAUAUGAGCGAACAAUUUGGAUUUGAGGAUGUGUCAGUUCAUCCAAUUACUGUCUCCCUUAACUCGAUACGAUCAAAACGAAUUGCUAGCCGUUGUUUUGGACGUGCAGCUGUAGAAAAAUCGGUUGCAAAGCUUGAAGCUACCGGUAUCGCUCACAAGGAUUACCCAGUGAUUAAGGUUGCUUUCAAUCUUUGUCAUAGUGAUUAUUGGUUUGAUCACUCCCGUGAAAUAAAGAUUGAUACUCACAUACUAUCACCUGCUGAAGAGAUUGCCUAUGGUCCUGCAUUAUGGUUGUGGGAUAAUUUACGUCGGAGCAAGUCAUCAGGGUUUUUUCUUUGCUUAAGCGGUGGCUUAGAUAGUGCUUCAGUUGCAUGCAUUGUCUUCAGUCUUUGUUAUCAAAUUUUCGAAGCUAUAAUCAGUCAACGUAACUUCACUGUCCUAGAACAGUGUCGUUCCUUACUGAAUGAAUCAAAUGAAUAUAUUCCUCACAGUGCACAUGAAUUAUGCUCUCGUCUUUUAACAACAUGUUAUAUGUCAACUGAGAAUAGUUCCGCGUACACAAGAUCACGCGCUAGUCGUUUAGCUCAAGCUAUGGGUUCAAAGCAUUUAGAAUCGGAUAUAUCACCACUGAUAAAUGACUUCAUUCAAAUGGCUUCAAAAACCUUAAAACUUUCCCAACCACCUCGAUAUACUGUCCAUGGUGGUUCAAGCAAGGAAAGUUUAGCUCUUCAGAAUAUUCAAGCUCGAAGUCGUAUGGUUUCAGCUUAUCUCUUAGCUCAAUUGAUACCGUGCCAAUCUAACUUACCAUCGAGUCUUUUAAUUUUAAGCAGUGCAAACUUAGACGAAGGGUUGAGAGGUUAUUUAACAAAAUAUGAUUGCUCUAGUGCAGAUUUAAAUCCUAUAGGAAGUAUUAGCAAGUCAGAUUUACGAUUAUUUAUUGAAUACUGUGCUCAAACAUUAUCCAUCUGUAUGGACCCUAAAAAUGGAAGACAUUUUUCGCAAAUAUUAUCAGAGAUUCUUUCAGCUCAGCCAACUGCUGAAUUAAUGCCACUUGCAUCAAAUGGUGAAAUAAGCCAAACAGAUGAAAAUGAAAUGGGAUUAACCUAUGAUGAAUUAUCAUUAUUUGGUAGACUUAGAAAAAUAUUCAACUGUGGACCCUAUAGCAUGCUAGAAUCACUUCUAGUCAAUAGUGAUUGGUUGAAGAUUAAACAUGUAAUACCUGAGAGGUGUUUCGACGAAGAUAGAAAGCCUAAUGCUGAACUUGGUGCGUAUCUUAGCGAGAAAGUGAAAUUAUUCUUUCGUACAUAUGCUAUGAAUCGUCAUAAGGCUACUGUUCUACCGCCAGCCUACCACACUGAAGCUUAUGAUGCUGAUGAUAAUCGAUUUGAUUUUCGACCAUAUCUGUAUCCGUGUGACUGGAAUCAUCAAUUUUAUUGUUUAGAUAAACUAGUAGCUAAAUGGAAACAGCUAUUUGAGUGA